UCAAUUUUCACUGCUUCCGUCUUACUAAACUGCUGGCCUAAAAACCCCGCCACCGGUCACCAUUUCUACCUGAAACGUGCACCCAUUCUCUCUCUCCACAUCCUCCCCCCACCCCCCCUCUCUCUCUCUCUACCUUUUCCCCCCAUUUCUCUCUCCUACUCUGCAUUUCUUGUUUCGAUUCGGAUUUCCUUGCUUCUGUUUCCGCCCACUCUCUCCAUCAUUUUCUACAUUCAAAAUUAAGUAUUCGAUAUUACGUUCUCUCUUCUCUCUCUCUCUCUCUCUCUCUCUCUCUUUACCCAACAUUCCCAUCUCUCUCUCUCUCUCUCUCUCUCUCUCUCUCUCUCUCUCAUCUGCGCUCAGCAGUCCACAUUCAUCUGCCCCAUUUACAUUUUUAAGCUCUCAAUUACCCACCCAAAUGAAGAAGCUUAUAAUGAAAUUGGAUUUACACGAUGACAAAGACAAGAGGAAGGCACUCAAGAUAGUCUCUGCCUUUCCAGGAAUUGAUUCUAUCUCCAUGGACAUGAAGGAUAUGAAAUUGACAGUGAUUGGACUGGUGGAUCCUGUGAGUGUAGUGAGCAAAUUGCGAAAAUUUUGGAAAACUGACAUAGUCCUUUGUGGGCCGGCGAAAGAGCCUGAGAAGAAAGAGGAGCCAAAGAAGGAAGAACCCAAGAAAGAGGAGCCGGCUAAGAAAGAGGAACCUAAGAAGGAGGAGCCUAAGAAAGAAGGAGAAGAACCCAAAAAGGACGAGCCGGUGAAGAAGGAACCAGAACCGGUGGUGGGAAUUAUGCCGUAUAGGCCAUAUUACCCUCCAAUGAACACGUAUUACUAUGCUCAUCACAGCGUGGAAGAGAAUCCAAAUGGUUGUGUGAUCUCUUAAUUUGGUAAGCUAAAAUUUGACUAUCAUGUGCUUUUUGUAGUUGGUUUUGGAUUUGUAUCCAAUUGAUGCGAAUCCAGUGGGAAUUUCUAUGAAUAGAGAAGGUCCUGUGUAUAUAGUUGGUUAUGUUCUAUAGGUAUGUUCAAAGUAAAUGGAUCAUGCGCAGUGGAGAGAUCUUAAAUAAAUUUUGGUAAUAAUUAUGGAUGCUUAAGUUGAGUUUA